AUGUAUUAUGACGGUAACAACACCAAUGGACGAAGAUUUGUUCAGCAGUAAGUUAUAUCUUAAUAUUGUGUUUUAAUUUUUAGGGUUCAGAUUAAAACUUGUUAAAUAAAAGAUCAGUCUUUACAUCUAAAACAAUAUAACUCUUUUCAGAGGUCCACCACGUCCAAUGGGGCCGAGGCCGAUGCCUAUGUUACGGCCGUUAGGGCCGAGAAUGUAUCAUCCUGGGCCAAUGAUGGGGUUUCGACCACAAUAUCCACCAGCUUUCGACGCACCAAUGUUUCGCAGUUACAUGCCAAAUUAUGGUUUUAGUGAGUUUUUGAUGUUUUAUAUUAGUUUUUUUGAAGUUUAGGUUCAACAGAAGAAAGAGUAGGAUUUUGCAAAGGUUUUAAGCUUAAGUUUAUGGGUACUGACUGAAUUCAGACGGAUAUAGAUAUAAACUUUGAGCUUCCAAUAUUUUUGAACAUUUUGACAUUUUGGUAUUUUCUUUUAGAAUGUUUUGAAGUUUAGGUAAAAGAAAGAAAGAGCACGGUUUUACACAGGUUUUAAGGUUAAAUUUAUGGGUACUGACUGAAUUCAGACGGAUAUUCAUACCAACCUUGAGCUACAUCAAUAUUUUUAAACAUUUUGAAGUUUUGGUGUAUUCUAGUUAGAUUUCUUGUAAGUUUGUGUAGUAAAAGGAAGAACAGAGUCUUGUGGACGUUUUAAACACAAGUUUAUAUACUUUUGAUGCGUAUUGAGUAUAAUAUAGGCAUACAAAAGCCACCUAUGUCGAUAUUGCUGGCUUUUUGAAGUUUAUCAAGUAAAGUAAUAUUUUUGAAUUUUGUAACAUUUUUUUGAGGUUUAUUUUGAGUAUAAGAAGUUAUUGAAGCCACAAAAGUCACUGUCUUUGUUUUUUUUGCAUCUUCGGCAUGUUAUGAUCAAGAGCAGUAAUAUCUGAUAUCAUGGAUAAUUUUCUUUUUUUCUUAGCUUUUGGUGCUCUAUUGUAAAAUAAGGUUUGAAAAUCAAUGUUAAUGAAAGAUAACAAUAUUUCAAACAUUAUUUUAAAAUUUCUAGACCGUUUCGAGACCCCAUCAGCCAGUAUGUUAGAGAAUCAGCGAUCUUGUAUUGGCGAGAAUCGACCAGACGACUUUAAAAGAUACGACUGUUUCGAGGACUUUUCAGCCAAAGAUUACUUGAAAUUGGACGUGGAUGUGUCGUCAGAAUUCUGUACAGUCAAGUGGUGGCCUAUUUCUAAGCUUUGUGAGUUUUGGAGUGGAGUUAUGGGUUAAAAAUGGCACAAAAUCGUUCAAGGUUGUUUGAUAACAAAGAUAAUGUUUUUGUGUAUGAUCUUCGUGUAAAGUGCCAGUUUAUAGCUUUAUACUACUGUAAAAUGGCAUUUUUGUAUAACAUUCUCCUACUUUCAGCCCUACUAGAAUACCAGUAUAAAUACGAAGUAUAUGUCAAAGGAAAUAUAGUAAAGUCGGAGAUAUUCUCCUCAGACAUUAACACAGUAACGCUGAAGACAGAACCAGGACGAGAAUACAAAUUUAUGUUGUUUUUGAUCAAAAAAUCGACUGGUAAAACAGCAUUGGAUGGAUCCAUCGACUUUAAAGCUGGUAAGGGAUUUUUUGUUAUUUUAGGUAAUAACGGGGAAUGAAUUUGGCAAAAACUUUGUUUACGGGAAGAUAAGAGCCUCUUUAAGAGGAUAAAAUUAAAAAAAUGAGAUUUGCUUUUAAAAUUUUUUGUGAAAAAAAAUGAAAAAAAGUUUUGGCACAAAAGUUCUCGGACUUUUUUAAAGAACUAAAUUUGACUUGAAAAGUGUAAAAAUAGCUUAAAAAGCUUGUAGUUUUUACAAAAUAGAGAACUUUAAAAUAUUUUUUUUCAAAAAAUUUUGAAAAAGUCCGAGAACUUUUGUGCCAAAAAAUUUUUUGAAAUUUCAAAAUUUUUGGUUUUUAAGUUUUGCAAAUGCACGAAAAAUGCUAUUUUUGAGCAUAUAAGGCCGAAUUUUAAAAGUUUUAUAUCAAAAACAGUAUUUUAGUCUACAAACCAUUAUAGAUCGACGCUCUUUUCGAGUUGGUCAAGCGAUCUUUGUGCCAAUUUUUUUUGAAAUUUGAAAAAAUAUCAUUUUUGAGCACAUAAAGCUAUAAAUUGGAAAUCUUGGAAAAUACGAGAUGUUUUGUCUCAAAAUAAUAUUUUUUUAACAAAAUUGAAAAUUUUUCAAAAUUUUUUAAUUUUACAAAAACACGAAAAAAUGUCAUUUUUGAACAUAUAAGGCUAUAAAAUUCAAAAAUCUUGAAAAAUUUGAGAAAUUACAGUAAUCUCUCUAUAUCACCCCGAAGGGAUCGACAUUUUGUGUUUACUAUAAGGGGUGUUAUCUUUACAGAGAGGCUUUUUAGUGCAAAUUGACUUGACGGGGCCAAAUUUCUUGCUUACUAUAAGUAGAGUUACUUAUACAGAUGGUUUACUAUAUAGAGAGACUACUGUAUGUCUAAAAAUCUUUUAAAAAAAUUUUUGUAAUUUUUAUAAAUAUUUUACUUUUUUAAGUUUUUCAAAACCAAACAAUGACAUUUGUGAGCCUAUAAGGCUGAAAUUUAAAAAUUUAAAUGGCUAAAACAAUAUUUUAGUCUACAAGCCAUCAGAGAUCGACGCUCUUUUUGAGUUGGCCAAACGAUUCAUCGGCCAAAGCCCGCUCCAAAACUUUACCGAGCUGUAUCGAUGUAAGCCACGCCAUUACUUUGACGAGAUCAUCAUGAAUCGAAAUCGUAUCAUGGAGAAGUACAUCAAGGAUGACAACGGCCACUCUGCCUCACCCAUUAAUGGCAAACUGAGAGGGUUGUUCUUCAGUGCCGAGAAGGUGGAUGGAAAACUGCCAAACUCGAGUCCGUUCGGCGAUGUCAGGAUCACGAUCCCGGCUGAUCAGCUGAUCAAACCUCACUUUGUCAACCUCUACUUUGUCGACUUUUACUGCAAUAGUAAGCCGCAUUAUGUGACGGUGGUGGUGUGUCAGAAGGGAUCUAAUCCGGAUGAGUAGGUUUUUUAAAAUUUGUAUUAUAGAAAUCUUGAUUUUUUGAAAAUUUUUAGUUUUAAAAUUUGAAAAGGAAAUACAGUAGUCUUUCUAUAUAGUGAACCAUCUGUAUAAGCAACUCUCCUUAUAGUAAACAAGAAAUUUGGCCCCGUCAAGUCAAUUUGCACUAAAAAGCCUCUCUGUAAAGGCAACACCUCUUAUAGUAAACAUAAAAUGUCGGUCCCUUCGGGUUGCUUAUAUAGAGAGAGUACUGUACGUUGUAACUUCUCUAUAACGAAUUGCUCAAAAUUUGUUCGUUAUGAAAUAUUUUUGGUGUACAGGUGUUUCUAAUGGACUUGGUAGUGUUCGAGGGAGAUUUAAAAGUUGUUUUGCUUGAAACAGAAACCCAUGCUUGAACACUUUGUCUCAAAAACAGCAGACGUGUUGAAGAAAAACGUGGGAACAACGUGACUUUAAACUCAAGUUUAUAAAUGAUUCGAAAUUUUCAAGAAAGAUGAGAUCAAAAGUCACGUUGUCGGUGUGCUGUUCUAUUUUAAACGUACGGUUCAGGCACGGACGUCGCUAGAGGUGCGAGAGGAGGGGGUAAAAAAUUUGAAAUGUUGAUGCUAACUGGAAAAAAAUUUUGGAAAGUGGGUGUUCAGGUACUACAGUGGUCUCUCUAUAUAGUGAACUAUCUGUAUAAGCAACUCUCCUUAUAGUGAACAAGAAAUUUAGCCCCGCCAAGUCAAUUUGCACUAAAAAGCGUCUUUUUAAAGGCAAUACCCCUUAUAGUAAACAUAGAAUGUCGGUCCCUUCGGGUUGCUUAUAUAGAGAUAGUACUGUAAAAAGAAAAUUGAUCGAUGAAUGCGAUAAAAUAUGUCAUUUACUAUUCGAUACAGUAUUCCCUCUAUAUAAGCAACCUGAAGGGAACGACAUAUGUUUACUAUAAGGGGUGUUGUCUUUACAGAGAGGCUUUUUAGUGAAAAUUGACCUGACGGGGCCAAAUUUGUUGUUUACUAUAAGGAGAGUUGCUUAUACAGAUGGUUCACUAUAUAGAGAGACUACUGUAUUACAAUUUUUCAUAGGUUGUUGGGCUUUUUUUGGUCCAAAAGUACGUAGAAUUAACUUUUUUGGGCGGUUUUUUGCUUGUUUUUUAAUGUUUUUCUGCGUACUUUUUGACCGAUUAAGAAAUUAUGAAAACAUGGCCGAAUAUUACCUAAAUAAUCAUUUUUUAUUAAAAAUAUCUAUCUUCUACAUUUUUUUUAAGAUUUAAAAUUUGUACGAUAUUUUAGGUUCUGCAAGAGGCACACAAAGCCUAUGGAACUGGCCACAAACCCAUUCUUUAGAAUCGUACCUAAAAAGGAAGGCGAACCCGGCCCGGACUACUAUUACUUUGUCAGUAACGCCGUUCACGUUGAGAUUUGCUACACCGAGAACGUGCCAUUAAGUAUGGGAACGAUCACUGAAGUCAUGCCAUUUGGGAGAGGCUCUAGUCGGAUUGGAGGUGGGUUACUGUAACAAAGUAGCGAGCUUCUAUGGGUUACUAUAACGAAUUUAUAAUUAUUACGGGUUACUGUAACAUAAUUUACAAUAUUUUGGGGGUAUAAAACAAUAUUGAAAUUACUGUGGGAUACUGUAGCAAAAAUGGACGCCAUGGUUACUGUAACAAAAAAGAAAGCUACUUGGGCUACUGUAACAAAAUAGAUAAUAUUUUGGGUAAGGGGAUACUGUAAAAAAAUAGAAGUUACUAUGGGAUACUGUAACAAAAAUGGACUUAAUCUUUGGUCCUGUAACAUAGUAGAGAGCCACUUUGAGCUACCGUAGUAAAGUAAAAAACUUAGUUGGGUUACUGUAACAACACUUAACUCACUGUAUCUGUAUCAAAGUUUGAUUACUGUAAGAUACUGUAACUUUAGUUACUAUAACAAGAUAAAAAACUAAUUUGAGUUAUUGUAACAAAAUUUAAAAUUUUCUGGAUUACUGUAGCGGUAAUGUGAUUCAAUGAGGAUUAUAUAAGAGUAGAGCUCAUUUUCAGGCCUUCGAAACAACGUAGCCUGCCAGAUCUGCAACAUUCCAACACCAGCCGAAACGCCUCGAGAGAAUCUGAAGCUAACUUCGGAAGAGGAGAAGGUUCUCGAAGAAGCCAAGGAAAGUGGCAAUUUGGAUGGAAAUGAACCUGUCGCUAGGAACAGCUCUAGCUCCGAACAGGCCGAGGUCGAGUAAGUUUUUAAUUUUUUUGAAAUUUUGGAAUUAAAAAUUCUCUUGUCCGAAAACUAGGAUUCUAAGAACUUUAUGACCAGUGGAAAGGAGGGACCUAUUAGCUUUUUGUUAAUAGUAAGAGAUUUUGUAGUCUGUUUGACUGAUUAAGCUGAUUCUUUAAACUUUUUGACCGAUUCGGCGGGUUCUAUAAACUUUUUGACCAAUAAAAAUGUGUUCUUUAUCAACUUUCCGACUAGUCAACUGUAUUAUAUUGACCUAUUGAUCGGUAAAAGUGAUUUUAUAAGCUUUUUGUAUUUAAUGUUACCUAUUCUUUAAACUUUUUGACCGAUCCAAGUGUUUCUAUAGACGUUUUGGUCGAUAAAAAAAAUUCUAUGGAGUUUUUGACCGACACAAACUCUCUUAGCUUUUGUUUGGCUAUAAAAUGUGUUUCUAUAGACUUUUUGACCAUUCAACUUGAUAUCGUAGGCUUUUUGACUGGUCGAUGAGUUUUAAAAAACUUGUUGACCGACAGCUGAUUCUACGAACUUGUUGACCGAUUCAGCAGAUUUUGUGAAAUUUUUGAGCCAUAAAAGUGGUUCUACGAACUUUUUGUUUGAUAAAAACGCUUUUAAGAUUUUGUUUAUUGAUAAAAUGAAUGGUUCUAUGAACUUUUUGACCGAAGAAAGGGGCUUUAUAGAAAUUUAGGCUUGGAAAACUGAUUUUACAGACUCUUUUUGACAGAAAUACCUCCAGAAAAAAAAAUUUCGAAAAAAAGUUGGACGUGGUUCCCCCUGUGGAGCUUGUAAGGACCUCGUUUGAACGCCUUGACUGUAUUUCUAUGCACUUUUUGACCGGUAAACGUGGCUCUAUUGAAUUUUUUGACCCGUAAAACACUUUUUUAAAUGGAUUUUGGCUGAUAAAAUUUUUUCUGUAGACUUUUUGACCGCUUAUAAUAUAAAAAUAGGACUUUCUUGUAUGUGUGUGUGUUUGUCCUUCUAAGAAUGUCCUAAAAUCAAGACUAUUUUUUAUUUUACAGUAUCAUAAAGUACUCGAACAUUCCAUUGAUGCUGAAAAGAAUUCAUUUUUGAUGGACGCAAACGGCUCAGUGGAACAUUUAGUGGAUAUUAUGUAUAGAUUGGAAUGUAUAGUGAUCGUAUUGUAUGAUAGUUGUUGUAUAUUAUGUCAUUUUUUGGAAAAAAUUUGGUUUUUUGGAUAUUAAUGUAGGUAAGAAUGGUGAUUUAAGGAUGAUAACUGGAAAUGUAUGAUUGAAAAUGGCAGAAAUAUAGUUUUAAAAUGGUGGCAAGGGCUACAAAAUGUCAUAUCUGGGAUAAAUUGUUAUAAAAAUGUCAUAAUGACAGCAUUUUUUGAGAAAUUCUAAAAAAUGUGUUAUGAUGACAAACAUUUUUUAAAGAUUAAAAGUUUUUUUAAAAUGUGAAGAUGUGUCGUCAUGCGAGGUUUUUGCUAAAAAAUUAUUAAAUAUUUAAUAAUUUCAUAAAAAUGGCCAAUAAUGUCAUAUUUAAAGGAAUCUUUCGAAACUUCUAAAAAAGACGUCAUGACAAAGUUUUUCAGAGAAGUUGGGAAAUGAGUAAACAUUUCAUAAGAGGGCUCAGAGAAUGGCAUAUUGAAAAUUUUUUAAUUUAUAAAGUAUGUCAUGAUGACAUUACAAAAUCGUCAUGAAGAGAAAAAAAUUUUAAAAAGUUUGUUAGGAUAACUGUUUUUUAAACGAAAAAGUACUUAAAAAUGCCGUAAAAGGUUUAAUCAUGACUCUUUUUAUGGUCAUCAUGACAUUUUUUAUUGUUUAUGAUGACAUAUUUUAUUAUUCAUGAUGACACCUUUUAUUGGUCAUGAUUUUUUUCUAAAAAAUUCAAAACCAAUUUAAAAAUUUAGAAAACAUCAAAAAUACCCAAAUUAAUGUAAAAUAAUUUCAGAACUUUAGCCAAGCCCCAGCCCGACCAACUGAACUUCCCCCGACGCCAAGACCGAUCGAUAUUUGGUUUCCUGCCACCAGAAUCCGUUAUCCGCCAACUUCAGCGCGAGAACACAGUACGAAAUGGAGCCGUGAAUGCGGAAAUGAACGAUGCCGUCCUGAAAUGUGUCUUCAGUUUGGUCGAGAAAACCGCCAACGAUUUGGAAUCCUACCCCGCCGCUAUGAAACUGCUCGACGAACAUGCUGGCAAUCAGAAUUCUAGGUAAUAACAAGGCUUGUUUAUUGGGUUUUGGAGGUAAUGGGGUAGAUAUGAGGAACGGGCCGUGCAUGGUUCAAAUUUAGGUCAGGCCGGGCCUGAAAUCAAGGCUUAUGUCGGCUCGGUCCGUUUUCCACGUAAAAAAAUUCGGGCCGGGCCGGUCCUAAGCAAAAUUUAGAUUGCGCCGGGGCUGAGGGUUAGGGCGUGAGAAGCAGGCCGGGUCCACUUUUUAGGCCUGGCUCGUUUUCAUUGCUAAUUUAUGCUGGCUCGGCCUGUUUAAAAAAAUUCGGGCCGGGCUUGGGCUAAGUUUUUAUCGGGCCGAGUUUGAAAAUUGGGACCAGUUCGUCCCUCAUGUCUAAAUGGGUAUGGGAGGGCGUGGAUAGAAAGGAGCCGGGCCCACGUUUGAGGCCCGGUCUGUUUUCAUUGUUAACUUAGGCCGACCCAGCCCGUUUCCACGUAAAACAAUUCGGGCCGGGCCUGAGCAAAGUUUUUAUUGGACUGGACCUGAAAAUUGGGACCGGCUUAGACCGUUGCUCAGACCGGCUUAGACCGUUGCAGUUUAUUCUCGUCUCUUCUUCGUUUUUGCCCAGACUGGUCUAGCCUGGCCAAAAAAAUUGUAAGCUUGGACCGGCUCGUUUUAAAAACGUUUUUUAAACUUUGUGUUCUUGGGUCGACAUGGGAAAUGGGCCAGGCCUGAGCAAAAUUUAGGGUAGGAUUGGGCCUGGAAAUCUCGAAAAAUCCCGUCCUGAAAGAAACUCAGAUCUGGCCAGUCUUAACAUUCAGCCCCGGACUGUUCUUCAUGUCUACUAGGCUCGGGCUUACUUUUCAAGCCUGGAUCGAACUCAGCUUUUAGCCCUGGCUUUUUCAACUCUAGCUUAAGGCCGGUGUGCUGCCAGUUGUGAGAUUGUAGGGCCGGGCCUACACGGCCUAUGUUUUUCAUCGCUAGUAACGGGGAUGGGGGGAGAGGACUGUCUAGCUUUUUUCUUGUUAGACAUUGAAUAUAAAGAAGUCGCUACAGAUUUUUUUUGGGAGGGGUGGUUUUGUUUUGGGGGGGGGGAGGUCUUUUUUUUGAUUUUGCUCUUCCCUCUUCAGUUGAUCUAAAAAAAACUUUUUUUUGACAUUUUUUUCUCACAUUAUAUAUAUCACAAACAUUCCCCUUCGACACUGCCUAUCACCAUCAUUGUUUAAUUCCUCUACUUUCAGCCAACACUUUUUGACCCUGGUGAACAACCUCCGCACCGUCGUCCUCAACCAUCAACAACGCGAAAAGCUGGUACUGGAUGUGGCCCAAAACCCCGCCAUGAAGUCCUACUUAAAACGGUACAAUACAUUACGAAACGAGGAUCUGAAUGCCAAAAGACCACGCUUUGAUGUUGUAGUAGACGAACGAAAUCUGAUGGUGGACCUGGAAGCCGAGAAGGAAGAGGUAAAGAAGGACGAUGAAGUCACGGCAAUGUUCGACAAGUACUACGAAAUGAACGAAACCAUGACAGGUAAUGAUGGCGAGGAGAAGAUGGACGUUGAACUUGAGGUUGAUGAGCAUGGUUUGCGACCGGUCGAUAAAUCAAAGGAAAAGAAGGGUCAAGAUGAAGGAAAGAAAGGUGAAGAUGAUGGAAAGGAGGGUCAGAAUGAAGGAAAGAGCGAUAAAAAUGAAGAUAAAGUAGAUGUAAAAGAAAAUAAAGUAGAUGAUAAAGCACAGAAAAUAGAUGAUAAAGAAAAGAAGGUACCUGAAAAUGAAGGAAAGUCAGAUUAUAAUGAUGAACCUUGGUCUAAAAGAGCAGAAAACAAAGAAAAACAACCUCAAAAUUAUCAGCUUGAACCAAUGGACUACGAAGAACUAACCCUCGCUGACGAAACCAGCUCUGCCUUCAACUCUCCAGCACGCUCGAAGAACGUCGAAGAAACCCUUGAGGACAUUUUCCGAGAUUUGGACGAGAAUUCACAGACCUUCAUGGCUUCGUAUGGCGAGAACAAGGAAGGAACACCUACAUAUUUUGGUAUUCAAGAAGCUGCAGCAUCUUAUGGUGAAUAUAAAGAAAGAAGAGGUGGUGAAAAUGAAGCUACAGAGUCUUAUGAACAAGAGAAAGAGAUAUAUCAAGGUGAAGAUCCGGACAAGACCUUGACUGAACUAGAAAUUGAUGAAAAAGGAGAUGAAAGUCAAGGUGAAGAUGGUCAGAAGGGCCCUGAAGAGGCACAAGGUUCAGUUCGAGGCCAACAAGACGAGUUUGAAGAGGCUCAAGGUGUAGCUGAAGAAGCACAAGCUCAAGGUGGUCAAAUGGACGUUGAAGAAGCUCAAGUUCAGGUUAGUCAAGGUGAAGUUGAAGAAGCUGAAGAUCAAGCUGGUCCAGUGGAUGUUGAAGAAACUCAAGAUCAAGCUCAGGUUAGUCAAGGUGAAGUGGAAGAAGCUCAAGACAGCCAAGGUCAAUUUGGACAAAUACAAGAUCCAGUUCAAGGUCAGCAAGGUAAUCUUGAAGAGGCACAAGAUCAAGGCAUUCAGGGUGAACUUGAAGAGGGUCAAGAUCAAGGUGGAAUUGAAGAUCCGGCUCAAGAGAGUGGAGUUGAAGAUUCAUUUCAAGAAGAUCAAACCUUAGUUGAAGAAGCACAAGAUGAAGCUCAGAAAGAUGACGGUCAAGCAUUGAUUGGAUUGGAAAUAGAUGAGAAAGGAGAUGAACAUACAGCUCAAGAAGGCCAAGAUGACAUCGAGUUGGUAGAAGAUCCAGUGCAAGCUGAUCAAGGUGUAAUUGAAGCAACACAAGAUGAAGAUAGUCAGGGCCAAUUUGAAGAGAACACAGGUCAAGCUCAAGCUGGUCAGGGUGAAGUAGAAGAAGAAAAGGAUCAAGUUCAAAGUCAAAACGAUGAGCUUGAAGAGGUACUAGAUCAAGGUCAAGUUGAAGGAGGUCAAGUUCAAGAAAAAGAAGAAACUCAAGCUCCAGAUAGUCAAGGUCAAGUUGAAGAAGCUCAAGGUCAAGGCGGAGUUGAAGGCCUAGUUCAAGGAGGUCAAGGCGAAGCUGAAGAGGUAGUACAAGGUCAAGCUUAUGGUGGUCAGGAUGAGUUUGAAGAGGUACAAGUUCAAGCUGAUCAAACUGUAGUAGAAGGUCAUGGAGAAGCUGAAGAUCAAGCUCAGCAAGGACAGCAUCAAGAUGAAGAAGGUCAGGGCCAUCUUGAAGAGGCACAAGGUCAUGCUGAAGGUCAGGAUCAAGAUCAAGGAGGCCAGGACCAACUUGAAGAGGCACAAGAUCAAGCACAAGAAGGUCAGGACCAAGUUGAAGAAGAUGAUCUCAUCCUAAUUGACUAA